AUGGGAUUUGGUUCACUCCUUCAUAUUGACAUAGACACUACUCCGAGUUUACUUAACUACUAUCUGUUAGAUCACUAUGAACCAUCUAGUAGCCGUCUAAGUAUGGAAAAUAUGGUCAUAACAAUUACGAAAGACACACUGCAUGAGAUGUUGGGUUUACCAAAUACGGGGGAAGACUUUCUGAGUUUGAGCAGUUGUGAUAAGGAUAAUGAAGUUCAUCAAGAAUGGAAAGGCCAAUACGACAAAAAAGGGUUCAAUGGUGAAGAAUACCUGAAAAGGAUCAAAAACACAAAGCAAGACAAUCUUAUGUUUAGGCUGAAUAUCCUGACCCUUUUCAUUAACACAUUUGCUGAAUCAACUUUGAGUGGUCCAAAUCAAAUUAAUGUUGUGAAUAAGUUGGUCUUGGUAAAGGAAUUCUCUAAAAUUGAUUGGUGCAAGUAUAUCCUAGAUUGUUUGGUAAGAAGAAAACAAAUGUGGAGAAAAGAUGAUAAGACAUGCUAUUACAGUGGACCUAUACUAGUUUUGACGUUGGUGUAUGUACAUAAAAUGAAGUUCGCAGGUAUGAAGAUAGUGAAAAGGUUAGCGUUUGUUAGAAAUGUUACCGGUUCUUUACUUGAAAAAAUAGAGAAGAUGGAGAUGAGUGUUGGGGGGUUUGGUAGGCAGUUACCGGAAAACUUUGAGGAUAUUGGUGAUGAUGAUGGAAUGGUUGAUGAAGAUGAUAUUUUGGACGGGAUGAUGAGGGAUUAUGGUGAUGAGGAGGCAUAUGUGGCUGUUAUCAAGCAUAGUUAUGGAGUAAUAUUGUCUAAAAAGAAGAAUAUUGAAAGAGCUCUAAAACAUGGAAUUGAGAAAUUCCCAGAUAGCUUGAGCUUGAAGGAGUGGUGUGGAAAAAACAAAAAAUUGUUCAAAUAA